AUGUCUACUUAUCCUGGUGAAUCCAAUGAAACGAACAAACCGUAUGAAGAUGCGGCAGUAAAUGAGCAACGAAGAAUAGCAGCAUCUAUAGGUCCUUGUCCAAAAGGAGGGGAUCACGAAUUAAGGCUACAUUACACAAAUGGCACAUUAUUUUGGGCAUUUUGUUUAGGUUUACCAAGAUUUUGCGGAUAUGCAAAGAGAAAAACUGUUUGCACAAAAUGUAAUAGGGAAUUUAAAGGGUUGUCAAUUCCUGAAGCUGGAACAAUGUAA